AUGAUUGCUCCAAUCAACAAGACAAAUAAGAGAACAAACCGAUAUUCCUUAAGCAUACUGCAUUCACCAGUUUCAAGUCCGGCGACUCCAAACUUGUCUAGAAAUGCAUCAGCAAGUUUUUAUAGUAUGAGGCCAAAUGAUCCAUGGUAUUCGAGAGAAUCGCUCCUUGAUGAUAGCCCCAGUAGUCCUAUUAGCGGUAUUCCAGGAUCCACUUCGAAUUGUAAGAUUUUGCUGAUAGGUGAUGCUAAUGUAGGUAAGACGGCUAUGAUUUUAAGAUACUUUAACGAACUUCCCACAAAGUUACAGCUACUCCUGAAACAGAAGCAUACCCAGCAUCAAAAUUCUAAUGUGGCCAAACCAGUUAAACGUCAACCAAGCUUGAGAGUGGUCGAGAGAGAAAAACUGCAUCAUAAAGAGAAGAAUAACCAAAAACGGUAUAGUCUAAAUGAUCUCUCUAGAAGAAGAUUAUUACUCUUUCCCAUUUCGCCUACUUUACCUCUCGGUGAAUCUCAUGAGACAGAGCCUGAAAUUAGCGACCCUGAUGAAAUUAUCAUUGAAACUAAAACUACAAUUGGCGUUGAUAUAAAGACUAAAUUAAUCAACAUUGACAAUAGAUUUUUUAACUGCAUCUUUUGGGAUACAGCAGGACAAGAACGUUAUAAAAAUGCCAUCGUACCGUCCCUUUACAACAAUUGCAAUGGGAUCAUUCUAAGUUAUGAUAUUUGUAAUUACAAGAGUUUUGAGAAUUGUUUCAAUUGGUGGAUGAUAGAAGCAUUGAAUCAUUUAGACCUCAAGAAAGCUAGAUUUUAUUUAGUAGGAAACAAGAUAGAUCUUUAUAAAGAAAGGCAAGUCACUCAUCAAGAUGUUUUAAGAUGGAUUUCAAAAGUGGAAAAGAAAUUUGGGAUUAUGAUAUAUGGGAAUUUUGAGGUGACAUGUAAAUAUGGCGAUAUUGUAGAGAAGACAUUCAAUUUGAUUAUAUCCGAUUUAGUUGAACAUUCAUGUUACGAAGAGAACAAACUACCAUUUAAUGAUGAAAUUGAUAUUGAACCAUCGUCUCCGGUGUCAUCUAUAUCAAAUUCGUCUCUAUAUUCUGCAGAAGAUAAGCUUGACAUUCCCAAAGUGCGGAAAAGACAAUCUAAACUACAUUUGCCAAGAACUUCUGAAGUCAUUGAUAUCACAAAACCCGCCAAUAGCCAUGAGGCAAACUCUGUUGCAUUUUCAUCUUGUUGUACAUGA